AUGUAAAAGUAGACGACUUGUUUGGACCGCUUUUCAGCGGGAGAAGUCUCUCCAGCUGUCAGCCACAUGUGUACACUGGGGGCACUGAGUUCAUGCGCCUCUGGGCUCUCCUGUUAGCAUGGACCACCUUGGAGGCUGACACAAAGGGACAAACACUCGUCUGUCUCCAGGCAUACAGUACUCUAGACUUUUCCGGUGAGACAUGAUGAGUGUAAAGUGCUGAGAAAAGCCCUUCUGUAGAAGCAGGUGGAGCUGUCAGGCCUAAUCCUGUUAUCCCUGGACUUUAAUCCACAGGCAGACUUUAAUACUCAGCUAUACGUAUCCGCACAGAAUUGUCUCUACAUACUGUACUGUACUGUACUAUAUACACAAUAUGGUGGAUAGUUUACUGCUUGGUAUGGAGGGAGUCAGAAAAACUAUCUUGCACGGAGGAACCAGUGAGAUUCCCAAAUUCAUCACAGGAUCCAAGGUGACUUUCCAUUUCCGUACCAUGCUGUGCAAUGACGAUCGCACAGUGUUGGAUGACAGUAAGAAGGUUGGGGUGCCCAUGGAGGUGGUGUUUGGAAACAUGUUCAAGCUGGAUGUAUGGGAGAUUCUGCUCAGGUCCAUGCGCAUAGGUGAAGUUGCCGAGUUCUGGUGCGACAUAAUUCACACUGGUCUCUACCCCAUGGUGGCAAAAAGUCUCCGGCGCAUCGCGGUGGGAAAGGAUCCAGUGGACUGGCACAUCCACACCUGUGGCAUGGCUAACAUGUUUGCGUUUCACACCCUGGGUUACGAUGAUUUGGAUGAGCUCCAGAAAGAACCCCAGCCUCUCAUCUUUGUGUUAGAACUUCUAAAGGUUCAGCAGCCGAGUGAGUAUCACAGGGAGUCGUGGGCCAUGAAUGAUGACGAGAGACUGAAGGCUGUUCCUGUGCUCCAUGGCCAAGGGAACAAACUCUACAAACAAGGUCGCUUUGAGGAGGCAACGAACAAAUACAAGGAGGCAAUUCUUUGCAUCAAGAAUGUUCAGUCAAAGGAGAAGGCUUGGGAGGCCCCAUGGCUAAAGCUUGAGAAGAUGGCAAACACUCUCACACUCAACUACUGCCAGUGUUUGCUGCGCAUGCAGGAGUUUUAUGAAGUCAUUGAGCACACUAGUGACAUCAUCAAUCAGCAUCCUGGGGUGAUGAAAGCUUUCUACCUAAGAGGAAAAGCACACAUGGAGGUAUGGAACCAGGCAGAGGCCGAGGCUGACUUUCAGAGGGUGCUGGAUCUAGACCCAGGUAUGAAGAAGUCAGUGAAGAAGGAGCUUGCUGUUCUCAAUAUGCGCAUGGAGGAGAAGAGAGAGGAGGACAGACAAAAAUAUAAGGGCAUGUUCACAGCCACAGGAACAGGGGGAACAAUUAAAGAACAAGCAAAGGAACAGGGGAAUGCACAACAAUCCACUACUGAGCAAGAAACUUCCAAGCUAGCCCAAGAAAUGACAUUAAAGGAAACUCAAGAGAGAUCCAAUCCAGGGUAUAAAACUCUGAACCAGGAUCCUUCUGAAGAGGACGCUCUAGAGGCAAGCAAUGCAGAGGAGAAAACAUUGGAGCAACAAACUCCAGAGGAGGAGACUUUGGAGCUAGAAACAUCAGCGCAGAACAUUUCAGAGAAAGACAAUCCAGAGAAAAAUACAAUAACACACAAUGCUUUAGUGCAUCGAAAUAUAGAGGAAGAAACUGCAGAGAAGACCACUCUAGUGUUGGAAUCACCAGGGCAGGAAACUUUAGGUAACCUAGCAAGUUUUGAGACAGAAAUUUUAGAGAAUGAAACACCAAAGCAGGAAGAGCAAGCUGCUUUUGAAAAAGUGAACUCUGAAGACACUUAAUGAAAACGUCUGAUAGGGUUUUUUUCCCAUUAGAUACCUAUUAUUGGAAUGUAUCUAUUAGUGCAUAAAAUGUUCAUGUUGCUUACGAUCAAGGGCGUGUUAGAUGGUAUCUAAUAUCUAAUCAAAUAUUAUUGCAUAAUACUGUAUGUAGAUAAAAAAAAUUAAUAAUUAGUGUAAUUUUGGGUAAAAAAAAAUAAACCACACAGUGUCUAUAGAGCUGUGCUUCAAAUACUAUGGUGAUAGAAAUUUAGAAGACUUGUUAUCUUGAACGAGUGAUCAUUGCCUACCAUAACCUUUCAGUUGCUUUUUUUAUGUUGCUGACUAUCUUGCUUUUAACUGUUAUUUCACUAAAUAAAUAAAAAAUAUAUUAUUAUUAAAGUCAAAGUCAACUUUAUUGUCAUUCUAUUUAUGGUAAAUGAGGCACGAAAUAACAUGUCUCCAGGAAUUGGUGCUCCGUAUAACAUGAAACUGAAGC